AUGGGCGAGCCCUUGGAGGGGAGUGGCGGCACAGCCGCCGGGGCCCUCCCGGUGCGACCCGCCGCGGAUGCGCUCUCGCAUGCGCAGGCCGGGGAGUCUCAGGCAGCUCUGCGCGAUCCUCAGUUGAAGCAAGAGCGUGAAGAUGGGGACGCCCACGCCGGGACCGAGGGAAGACGCUCAGGAACUGAAGCGAUACCGAAGACGGAUCAGGAAGCAAGACAAGAGCCGGCUCCUACCUCUGCGCUGGAGAGACAGACAGACGUGAAGGCGGAGACGGAGAGCGCCGCUGGCCCAGACGCCGAGAAUUGCCUAGAUGGCGCGGACGUGGGAACCAGGGAGAUUCUGGAGGAAGAAGAGCAAGGCCCUUCGCGACUCAAGUUCCCGUCCUACGACGACUUCUUGAAGGAGGAGGAGGAAGACAGAAAGGCCGAGGAAGCAGAAGCCGCGGAAGACAGUGGAAAGGACGCGAAUCUCGACGCCGCUUUCGAGUUGUUCAUGAGUGAAGUCAAGGACAUGCCCGCUGUCACGGGCAAUCCGAACGGUCGUGGGCGCAAGGAAGCGCGUACCGUGAUCAAGAAGUUCAAGUCUUCUGACGAGGAAUGCAUCCGCCUGACUUGUCAGACUUUCCCCUCGCCUUUCCAAGUUCUUUUGCUCGGGCCGGAAGCGUCUGAGGAUGACAUUCGCAAGCAGUACCGGAAGCUCUCUCUUCUCAUCCACCCAGACAAGUGUAAACACCCCAAUGCCCAGGAGGCUUUCCAAGUCGUCAACAAGGCGUACGAGCAGCUCCAGAGACCAGAAAUGCGCGAGAAAUACCGAGACGUCAUUGAGGAGGCGAAGCGCCGCGUCCUCAAGGAAAACGCCAAGGAGAACAAGAAGCGCAGGACGCAGAGCAUCGACGUCCCGCUGUUGUCGGAAGACCCCGCCGAACUGCAGGCGGAAAUCAUGGAGAUGUGCGAAAAGCUGUUGGAGGAGACCCGAGAGCGGCGCGAAUACGCCGAGCGCACGAGACAGGCAAACGAGCGCUACGAGCGAGAGCAACUGGAGAAGCAAGCGAACGAAGAACUUGAAAAGUGCAAAGAGAGGAAAGAGUGGCUAGACCGGCGCGACGAGCGCGUGGGCGCUUGGAGAGAGUACCAGAGCGCCAUUCAAAGCAAGGAUGUGAAGCUCCAGGCGUUCACGGGUAUCCGUCACCAGCGAGAGGAGCGCAAGGAAGACGACAUUGUCCGGAAGAAGAAGAAAAUGCAGGGAAUCGAUACCUCGUACAAAGACAGCUGGCGAUGA